AUGGCCGCGCCCAAGGAAAUCCGCUGGGGAAUUCUUGCUACCGGCGCCAUUGCCAAAUGCUUCACCGUCGACCUCCUCGUCGACCCCAAGACGCGUGGAGUCAACCAUGUCAAGCACACCGUUGUCGCUGCCGCCAGCUCCUCCAGUGCUGACCGCGCCGCCCAAUUCCUCAAGGACGUCGGCGCUCCCGAGUCGGCAAAGGCCUACGGUUCCUACGAGGACUUUGUCAAGGACCCCAACAUCGACAUUGUCUACGUUGCUACCCCCCAUUCACACCACUACCAGAACGCCAUGCUUGCCCUGAGUGCCGGCAAGAACGUCCUGUGCGAGAAGUCAUUCACCGUCAAUGCUGCUCAGACGAAGAAGCUGGUCGCGACGGCCAAGGAGAAGAACCUCUUCCUCAUGGAGGCCGUCUGGACCCGCUACUUCCCUCUCUCCAUCUACGUCCGCGACAUCAUCACCUCGGGCAAGAUCGGCACCGUCCAGCGCGUCUACGCCGACAACGCCAUCGCCCUCGACCCAGAGACGGCCUUCGCCGACGGCAAGCACCGCAUGGUGAACCCGGACCUGGCCGGCGGCGCCCUCCUCGACCUCGGCAUCUACUGCCUGCUCUGGGCCUUCCAGACCGUCUACACCACGCUCCCGGAAUCGGAGCGCAAGCCGCCGACCGUCCUGUCCUCGACCAACAUCUACCCGGGCACGCGCGGCGCCGACGAGCUGACGACGAUCCUCCUCACCUUCCCGCGCGGCGGCAAGCUCAACGACGUGCACGCCGUGGCCACGACGGGCAUCCGCUACUCGUCGGACCCCAAGGAGGUGGCCGACGACGCCGACCCCGCGUGCCGCAUCCAGGGCGACAAGGGCGAGAUCCAGGUCUUCCCGCCCAUCUACCGCCCCACGAAGACGCGCCUCAUCCUGCGCGACGGCACCGACGAGCCGAAGAAGUGGCCGCAGCCCGGCCCCGGCAAGGGGUCUGGCUGGUACAACGGCUUCAGCGACGGCCGCAACGCCGAGGGCGAGGGCCACGGCAUGUUCUGGGAGGCGGACGAGGCUGCGACGGCCAUCAUCGAGGGCCGCAAGGAGGGCAAAUACCAGAGCUUGGCGGAGAGCAUCACCAUCAUGGAGGUCAUGGAUGAGGUGAGGAGGCAGGCUGGUCUGAAGUACCCGGACAAUAUCGAGACUACGGAUUUCCCGGUUGCGCUGUAG